GUAGUAACAGGAAGAAAAGAAUGGGAUCUUUACCAUUGAAUCUGAGUUUGAGCUUGAAUUUGAGUCGUCGGAGAUGGGAGGAGGACGGCGGAGGAGGAAUGAGCUUGAGUAAGAGUAAGAGGAGCUGCCGAGGAGUAGUGAAAGCGAUGGCGGUGCCGAAAUUCAAAGGAACGCAGGUGAGAGAGCAGCAGCUGACGGAGAUGAUCGAGAAGAAGGUGAAGGAGGCGGUGGAAGUGUGCGGUAAGGGAGAAGCGGCGUCGGAGGAGUGUAAGGUUGCUUGGGACGAGGUGGAGGAGCUCAGCCAAGCCAAGGCCGAUUUCCGUCUCAGGUUGGAGAAGCAAGAUCCCCUCGAGUAUUUUUGCCAAGAUAAUCCUGAGACCGACGAGUGUCGGAUCUACGAUCACUGAUCAUCAUCGUCGUCGUCGUCAUCAUGAUCAUGAUCAUGAAUGAUUGUGCGUAUGUAUGUAUAUUGAUCGAUUAAUAUGUAUGUAUGUAUUGAUCUAUGUUAUAUGAAGGAAUGUAUAUAUAAAAUCCUUGGUUAUGAAUAAUUAUAAUGAACGAUGAUUAUUAUGACUUU